UAGAAUUGAAACUCAGCAUCGAAUUCCUCACCACGUGUUGUUUUGGCGCUUUACCGCAUUCCGCUGACACCCAAACAAACGUGUCGCGAUGAUGGCUCGUGGUUCGUGAAUCGGUUGAUGUUUUUAAUCUUCGGUUUUAUAUUUUACUUUUGAGUUCAGACGCUGUUGAAUGAUGAAGUACAUACUGGUGACAGGCGGUGUGAUAUCUGGCAUUGGGAAAGGGAUCAUAGCCAGCAGUGUGGGCACCAUACUCAAAUCAUGUGGCCUGCAUGUCACUGCUAUCAAAAUCGACCCCUACAUCAACAUCGAUGCAGGCACUUUCUCUCCUUAUGAACAUGGUGAAGUGUUUGUGCUGGAUGAUGGCGGCGAGGUGGACUUGGAUUUAGGGAACUAUGAACGUUUUCUGGACAUCCGGCUAACCAGGGACAACAAUUUGACAACGGGGAAGAUCUAUCAGUCUGUUAUAAACAAGGAGAGGAGAGGGGAUUACUUGGGUAAAACUGUACAAGUGGUACCACACAUUACCGAUGCUAUACAAGAAAGGGUCAUGAGACAGGCGAAGGUGUCAGUGGACGAUGACGGUAUUGAACCAGAAGUCUGUGUCAUUGAGCUUGGUGGUACAGUCGGAGAUAUUGAGAGUAUGCCUUUCAUUGAAGCUUUUAGACAGUUUCAGUUUAAAGUGAAACGGGAGAAUUUUUGUAACAUCCAUGUCAGUCUUGUACCUCAGCCCAAUUCAACAGGAGAACAGAAGACCAAACCCACUCAGAACAGUGUUCGGGAGCUUCGUGGACUUGGCCUGUCACCUGAUCUCAUUGUCUGUCGUUGCUCCACUCCACUGGACACUGCAGUGAAAGAGAAGAUCUCCAUGUUUUGCCAUGUAGAACCUGAACAGGUGAUCUGCAUUCAUGACGUGUCCUCCAUCUACAGAGUACCUCUACUCCUAGAGGAUCAGGGUAUAGUUGACUACUUCUGCCGCAGGCUGGACUUGCCCAUUGAGAUGAGACCUCGCAAAAUGCUCACAAAAUGGAAGGAGAUGUCAGACCGAUCUGACCGACUCCUGGAGCAAACCUCCAUUGCUUUAGUAGGCAAAUACACCAAGCUUUCAGAUUCGUAUGCAUCUGUUAUUAAAGCACUGGAGCACUCUGCCCUCGCCAUCAACUAUAAGCUAGAAGUCAAGUACAUCGAUUCGGCAGACCUAGAGCCAGCAGCGUUGCAGGAGGAGCCGGUGAAGUACCAUGAGGCCUGGCAGAAGCUCUGCAGUGCUGAUGGGGUUCUUGUUCCUGGAGGCUUCGGUGUGCGAGGCACUGAGGGAAAAAUCCAAGCUAUUAACUGGGCGAGGAGAAAGAAAAAGCCAUUUUUAGGUGUUUGUUUGGGCAUGCAGCUGGCAGUGUGUGAAUUUGCUCGUAAUGUACUUGGCUGGGAAGAUGCCAAUUCUACAGAAUUUGACCCUGAAACAAAACAUCCAGUGGUGAUUGAAAUGCCUGAGCACAAUCCGGGGCAGAUGGGAGGGACCAUGCGGUUGGGAAAAAGGCGCACCUUAUUUAAAAACACCUCCAGCUUUCUUCGAAGGCUGUAUGGAGAUGCUGAAUAUGUGGACGAAAGGCAUCGACAUCGCUUUGAGGUGAAUCCAGAACUGAAGCAGCACUUUGAGGAUAGAGGUUUUCGAUUUGUGGGUCAGGACCUGGAGGGGGAGCGAAUGGAGAUCAUUGAACUUGAAGAUCACCCUUAUUUUGUCGGAGUCCAGUACCACCCAGAAUUCACUUCUCGCCCCAUCAAACCCUCACCUCCUUAUUUUGGCCUUCUACUGGCAGCAUCUGGGAAACUACAGAACUACUUACAAAAAGGAUGCCGGCUCUCACCUCGGGACACAUACAGUGACCGAAGUGGCAGCAGUUCACCGGACUCAGAGAUAUCUGAAAUCAAAUUCCCAUCACUUUCUUAAAGUGGAAAUAAAUUAUCAUGAAAUCAACACUUUCAUGACAUGAAUUACAUGUAUGAAUAAAUUAAUAAAAAAGUUAAUGUGUCCUUUUUAAGCAAAA